AUGAAGAUGCAGCACAUGAUACAGUCGUAUGCCGACCGGUCUGUGGGUCUUGUGAAGCACCGGUGGGCAGUCUUUCUCGCGUUCCUCGUGGUGUUUGUUUGGCGUGUUUUGUACACGGGGGGAUACAGGCUGGUGGCGUACUGUCUGUUUUUGUACUUUCUCCACUGUUUCAUAGGAUUCUGCACGCCGAUAGAUAGCGAAAUACCGGAUCCUUUUGACAUAGAAGAAGAAGACGCUCCCAUGCCGAGCCCCAUCAAAAAAAGCGGCGAUGAGUCAAAGCCGUUUAUCAGGAGGCUCCCAGAGUUUGAGUACUGGCUGCAGUCGCUCAAAGCAUGCAUGGCCGGGGUGGCUGCGACCUUUUUCCCUGUGUUCAAUGUCCCUGUUUUUACGCCCAUUCUCGUUAUAUACUUUGCAGGCUUAGUUUACCUGACAAAUAUAAAGAUAAGAAAGCAUAUGGAGCGGUAUAAAUAUAAUCCAUUUUUCAAUGCUAAAAAGAUAUACAAAGGAAUUGUGGACAUGAAAUAA